CAUCAUGUGUCAAAUGUUAUGACAUAUUAUGACAUUUCUUAUCAAAACAAAUAACAUCAAUAGUAGAAUAUUUAUUAUAAUUUACGUGUUGUUAUCAUAAAUUUAAUAAAUACGAUUAUUUUUAUUCUCGGUAAACUAUUUGUAAAUGAAUGUCUAAUUAUGAUAAUCUAAUGACGUGCAUUUCACUAAUGAUUUGAGUCAUGUUGGAGGGACUAGGUAAGCGCAUUAUCAUUUCUAUGACUCAGUGCUGAAGUUUAUUUCAAAUGCAGCACACACUGCAGAAAGAUAAGCCGAUAUUUUGAUUCAGUUAAAUUCAUACAUAGGACUAAAGAUUUCGAGUGCAGUGAACUUAGCGGUUGAGUGUUUACAUCAGUGUGCAACAUGACUCGAGUCGCGACGUACGUUUUUAUAGACUUUGAAACCACGAGCCUCCCUAAAGAGGAUCAUAAUAGAACGCGUAUCACAGAGUUGUCAUUUAUAGCGGUGAAACGUGCUCAUAUCCUCGACACUGAAAUCGGUGACGCGCCGCGCGUUCAGCAAAAAGUCACUCUCUGUCUUUACCCUGGAAGAAUGAUAUGUCCAACAAGCACAAAAAUCACAAAAUUGAGUAAUGAAUUACUUGAACAUGAAACAAAAUUUAACGAUAAUGUAUAUAAUAUAUUAAACACUUUCCUAAACAUACUCACUAAACCUGUGUGUUUAGUUGCUCAAAAUGGCCUCAGAUUUGACUUUCCAAUACUCAAAAACCACUUAGAUAAGUUGGGUAAGUGUUUUCCAGAAGAUCUUCUAUGUGCUGACAGCUACCACUGUUUCUUUGAUAUAUUAGAAUGCCCAGAAGAUAAUAAUACUAUAAAUAUGAACAAUCAAUCGACAACAUCAAUAGAUAAAACAUUCCUUGAAGAAAAUUUACUUCAAAAAAAUACAUUGGAGAUGAAAUCAAUCAAUGAAUCAACACCUAAACGAAGGAUCAACAAUGGCAGAAUGGAACCGGUAAAUCGUGAGAAAUUAAAAAGAAGAUUUGUGUGGAGCGAUGGUGAGAGACCAAAGAAGGGAUAUAAAUUGGGACAGAUAUAUGAAAAGUUAUUAAAAACACCAAGUAUAGACGCUCAUCAAGCUGAAGCUGAUUCUUUCAUGACAUUAAAAUGUGCAGUGGCUGUGAAAAAUAAGUUUGUAGAUUGGGUUGAUAACAAUUUUCUGCAUUUUUCCGAUAUAAAACCGAUGACAAUUGGUAUACCGAUUGGUGAAUAAUAAUUGUGAUGAUUUUAAUUUAUAGCAUAAGUUUUUAUAUUAUUAUUUUAUUUUCAAGCUAUAAUUUAGUUUUAAUACAUUUUAUAUUAUG